GAUGAUGACAUUAGAGAUGUUGGCUAGCUCGGUAAUGUGUGCUCUGCCAUAUUUAAAAAUAUCUUUAGUUGUGUUUAGUUGUUUAUAGUUACAAUGUCAUCGAGUGUAUUUAAACCUGAAAUAAUACCUAAAUUGUUUAUUUCAUUCUUAAAACUCCAAAAUGACAUUUGUAAAACACGCACUAUGGAUAGUAAUAAUUUAUAUCGAUUUUAUCCCUCAGGUGAAGCCUGCUGCAGAAUUUGAUUUUGAAACUACAGAUUUUUCGAAAAUCGCCAAUACACCAGCCUUUGUUGACAAAACACUAUUUAUCAAAGUUUUCAUUGAACAUAACAAAACAUCAUUGAUAACUGCGCCGCCUGGAUUUGGAAAAUCUACAAUUUUGAACAUGUUGAAAACAUUUUUGGAAAUUGAAGUAUAUAAUACAGGAGCUCCUAAAACGAACGCUUACUAUUUGAAAGAACAAGUAAGAGAUACAAGGAACUAUAAACUGUUUGAUGAUAAUAUGUUUAAGAUUUCUGAAGAUGCCAAUAUGAUGAAGAACCAUUUUGGCAAAACGCCAGUGCUUAGUGUAAGUUUGAAAUGUGAGAAAACUGUCAACAGUUUUGACGAUGCUUUAGAAUUUUUCAAAUACGUGGUGCACGAUUGUUACAAGCAAUACCGGUAUCUGGGAAGAAGUGAAAAGUUGGGAAUCGAUCAGAGACAAUAUAUCGAAACCUGGUGCGAUCACAAAACUUAUCGAAUGUUCGGAAAACAUCGGGUACUAUCAGGUUUGCGAGAUUUGUCCGAGUUCUUGUACAGACAUUUUAACGAUAAGACGGUUUUUGUUUUGAUCGACGAUCACGAUUCGGUGAUAAAAAGUGCAAUGUUGAACGUGACAGAUGAUGGCCAGUUGGAUGAUAUCGUCAAACUCUCUGUUGGACUGAUAAACUCCUUGUUGAAAAACAACAGAAGGCACGUGCACGGAGGUCUUAUCACUGGAGUUUCAGAUAUACCAUUGUUCGGCUCAGGUUUGACUGAUAAGGAUGAUUGUGACACUAUCAUGAAAUACAGAUUCCUCGGUGACCAUCCCUUUGUUGACUUCUUCGGCCUCACAAAACACGAAGUCGACGGACUCUUAGUGUAUCCCGAGCUAAAGUUAGGAGAAAGUGUGGUCGAUACGGCCAAGGCGAUGUACAGUGGCUUUACAAGCAAGAAAGGUGUGGAAGUUGCAAAUUUGUAUUCCAUCUUGAAUUUCCUAAAAUAUGGCGAAAUUAAGAACUAUUGGCAAACUUUCAACCCGGUGCCAAAUCUCGAUGAAGCGUUAAAGGUGCCAUUAAUUAAAAAGAGUAUUGAAAAAAUGCUGACCGAUGACUCAAUAAAUAUUGAAAUCUCAACAAACUUAACCCUAAACGACAUUAUAGGUAUGAGAAAUUUCCUGAAUAAUCCUCAAUCGCAGGCGGUUUCAGUAGCAAUAAAGUACUUCUCGUUUCUAUUCGAGGAAGGCUACUUGGCCUACGCUUUGGACCAAGGACAUUUGCAAAAUCAAGUAAAUGGAAAAAAUGCUGUAAGAAUGCCUAACGAUGAAAUCAAAGAAAUAUUCACUCAAGCGCUAAAAUAAACGAGUUCUCUUUAAGAAGGAA